AUGAAAUCUAUUCCAGUAUUGCUGUUUAUUUAUUUCUCUUUCAUCAAUUUGAAUGUAAUUAUCAAUGCACAAAUUGAUUGUACAAUCUAUUCUGAUGACAUCGAUAUAAUCAAUUUAAAUCCAUUUUAUGUUCGACCAAAUCGAUAUCCUCUUCUUUCAUCAAUUGAUUACAAUGCAACAUCACGUCAAGUAACGAGUUUUAAUAUAUUUAAUGAUCAGAAUCCUUCUUCAAAUAUCUAUUGUUUGAAAAAUUUACAAUCUCUUCGAUUAAUCAAUACGAAUUUACCGAUUUUAUCUGAUAUAAAAAAUUUUCAAAAUCUUACUUCAUUAAUAAUUCAAUCGGACAAUGGAAUGAUUAAUCAACAUUUACCAUCGGAAUUAGGAGAAUUAACAUCGAUGAACGAAUUAGCAUUAACCGAUAUAAAAAAUCUUGAAGAUUUACCAGAUGAAAUUGAAUAUUUAGUUCAAUUACGAUCGUUAACUCUCAAAGAAAUUCCAAAUUUUAAAAAACUUUCCGAUGAAAAUAUGCGAAAAUUAGUAAAUCUUUACAUUUUAAACUUAAUCGAUUUACCGAAUUUAUCGAAUAUCCCUUCAACAAUAAAUAAUUAUCAAUUCUUACAAAGAUUAGAAAUAACAAAAACGAAUAUAAAUAAAUUCGAAUUAGAAAAUCUAAAUAAUUUAUCUUCUCUAAAAAUGGCAUCGAAUUUAAUGUUAAAAUCACUUAAAAUAACGGAUAUGUUGAAAUUAUCUUCCAUUGAUAUUUCAUACAACAAUGAAUUAUUAGAAUUAAAAAUACAAAAUCUAAAUCUUUUACAAUCUUUUACACUUUUAUCAAAUACAAAAUUAAUUUCAUUAGAAAUGGAAAAUAUCUCCACACUUCAAUCAAUAUGGUUGACAAAUAGUGAACAAUUAAAAACAAUUACAUUCAACAAUUUAUCUUCAUUAUCGACUUUUGAAUCAGCUUUACUUUCGAAUCUUCAAUCAAUUUCGUUUGAAAAUCUCCCAUUGAUAUCAACUAUUCGUGUUGUCGGAAGUCCAUUUUUAGAAAAUAUUUCAUUUACAAACCUUCCGUUGAUCAAAGAACUCGAUCUUUCAAACUGUCAAUUGAAAUCAUUUCCUCAAAGUAUUUUAUCGUUAAAAUCUUUAAAAACAUUAACGAUGCAAUUCAAUCAAUUAUCAUCAUUACCUUCGACAUUAUCAAAUGAUUUACCAAAUUUACAAAUUUUGAAAUUAAUGAAUAAUAAAUUUCAAGAGAAGAUUUUUCAACCACCUCUUAUUUAUAUUCGAGAACUUUAUCUUAAUAAUAAUUCAUUAACAUCGCUCGAUGGAAUUGCAGAAUAUAAAUCAUUACAAAGAUUAGAUUUACCUUUUAAUCAAAUCUCAUCAAUUCCACUUGAAAUUAUGAAAUUAUCAUCGACAUUACAAAUGUUAUCUAUCAAUUCUAAUCGAUUGAUUACUAUUCCAUAUCAAAUGACAAAUAUGAGAACACUGAAAACAUUCAAUGCUGCUAAUAAUAACAUCACUUUCGUUGAACGACAAAAAAUUGUGAACUUUUUCCGAAAUACACCUAUAGGGUUGAAUGUUUAA